AUGCCGGACACAUCGCUUGAGAAGUACGACCAUGUCCCGGUCACAAAAGAAGAUCUUGACUGGGCUGAGCUCAUCACCCUUGAUCUGAGCCUGUAUGAUCAACCCGGUGGUAAAGAGCAGCUCGUCAAACAACUUGAUCACGCGGUACAACAUGUCGGCUUCUUCUAUGUCAAAAACUUCAACAUCAGCCAGGAAGAGGUCGACUUUCAAUUCGCUCUAGGAAGAGAGUUUUACGGUCUCCCUCUGGAGGAGAAGCUCAAAUUUCACAAUGCCGACGAUCUCGCGAGAGGAGAGUAUAAUGGUUACAGACCUGCUGGACAUCGCAUCCUUGGAAAUGGUAUCCGAGACAACGUCCAAGUGUACAACAUUCCCAAGUUCGACGGACAUCACUAUAGGGCACAACCUGAAGUGCUCCAAAAACACAUUGCCAAGAUUGAGGCUUUCAGUCGUAAAUGCCACACAGAAGUAGUCGAAAAACUCCUCCGCCUCUUCGCCAUCCUUCUUGAACUCCCCGACGAAGAUCAACUCGUGCGUGACCACCAAUACGACAUCCAAGGAGAAGAUCACCUUCGUUACAUGCACUACGCCGCACGCAGCGCCGAGGACAACAAAAAAGUAGGCGAACUAUACUCGCCUGGACACACUGACCUGGGAACUAUAACCCUACUCUUCCGACAACCCGUUGCUGCGCUUCAAAUCCUCAACUCGGAGGGUCAAUGGAAAUGGGUUCGUCCGCAGGAUGGCACUAUUACGAUUAAUACUUGUGACGCUCUCACUGCGCUUACGAGUGGGUUCGUAAAGUCUAGUAUUCACCGUGUACAUGCUCCGCCACAGGAUCAGGCUCACGUUGAUCGUCUGGGAGUCUUAUACUUCGCUCGACCCAACAACCACGUAGUCCUAGAUCCAAUCCAGAACAGCCCCGUUCUCAACCGUCUAGGUCUCACCAAGAAUGCAUUCACAGAACUAGGUCAACAUCUCACCACUGAGCAAUGGGUCAAAGUCCGACAGACGCAACAACAGAGACGAAAUCGCGAUGUGAAGAUUACAGAUGAUGGAAAGUAUACUUACAAGUCCAAAGAUUUGGAAAUUAUUCCUGGUUUACAGGCUGUUAUUUAUAAUUAG